AUGUUGUCAUUUCUGUGUGCUGCUCUCAUGGUUCUUUAUGUUCCUUUGCCUCCAAAGGACCAGUUCUCUGUGUUUGAAUUAAUCCCUGAGGAUAAUUAUCAGAACCCCCCAAUUGGAAUUGAUCAGCAGCAGCAUGCUGAACGGUUUGAGGAGCAGCUGGAAGCUGAUCUCAAAUGGUCUUUUGCUUUGAAUGGGUACGCCUUCAAGUAUUCAAACAUGAAAAAAAAAUUUGAAAAAACCAAUUCUUCUAACCGGGAACAAGCGAGUUCCAAGACAGUUCUUUUGGACACAAAGCGAUUUGGAAAGGCUCUGGUGAUCGAUGGGAAGUUGCAGAGUGCUGAAAGAGAUGAGUUUAUUUACCAUGAAUGCUUGGUUCAUCCUGCUCUUUUACUACAUGACAAAUGA